AUGACAAAUGAACAGUGUAAUAUGGAGAUGAUCGGUACAACGGGGAAUAUACCUACGGAAAGAGAAGUAGGAGGGGAGGAGGGAAGAAACAAGCAUACAUGUGCAUAUCACAGCCCCAUUUCAGCCAUAACAGAAGGAUGUGACGUUACCGUAACUUAUCGGUGUAAUCCCGAGAGGAAGAAGGAAACAAUAGCCGGGAAGAGCCACCCUCCCCCUCAUGCGCUCAGCUCCACAUUCCGCCAACACCAACACAACCAAAGCUUAGCAGACAACAAUCCCCAAUUACGUGCCUCUUUCUGCGCACACUGUAUAUGGGUUGGAGGUGGAGCUGUCAUCUUGAUAGCAGGCUACCAUGUAGGCCAUCAAGCCGGGAUGGUCAGCAGGAACGAAGGGAUGUGCAAGCAGUUCACACCCUCUCCAACACUGAGAGCUUCUAAUGUUGAAAUAAAUUGA